CCCGCUAGAGGACUAGAACAAAUAAUGAGAGACUUGACAUAUGACUAUGGAAAUGUGAAGCCGUAAGAAAUAACUACUCCCUAAAUCAUGACUGAUGAAAAGGGAAGCUGAAAAUUGGAAAUAUUUGGAUCCAGCGAAACGCAUAUAUCUUAAGCUUCAGCUUCCUUGUUGUGAUGAUGUAGGGGCUAUGACCGUGUCAAUGGGUCUUUGGACAUGGAUGCUUUCUUCAUUUCAGAUAUAGUAAGUGCAGCAACAAGAGCUCAGGUAGCAUCAUCUAUGGGAUUGAAUAUAUCUUGCAGACAACUAUAUGAGGAGAUCAUGUGAAGCUUCAGUGAAGGGGUGUCAUGCAGUUUAAUACUGUUAAAAUUUCAGCUAAUUGAAAAAUUAUUUUUAUUAUCGGGUAAAUUAAAUAAAUGAGUUAUAAAUAAACACACCUGAUAAGCUCACUAUCGAACCAGGUUUCCGGGUCGGUCCGGGUCUUUUAACCCGAUGUACACUUGAUACUAGGACCACACCUGUCUGUUUCAUUCCUUUACAUGAUAUGUCGGUUGCCCAAUACCAUAAAAUGGUCCUGAACAUAAACUUUUGGAAAACAAAUAUCUUAACGCCAGUGAACCACCAACUCUAAUGUCCAAUAGGACCAAUCGCGGCUCUUCUAAGUCAGAUGCAUUGAGUCGUAUUAAUUAAUAGUACGACACGUGGCAAACUAAUGUCCAUAAAAACCCCUAGAUGAUAGAUGAAGACGAACCUUCAUCUUCUCAAAAACACCAAAAUGUCUGAUCAAGCUGCACUGUCCAAUCCUAUUAUCACGAGUGAUCCUUACAGCUUUUUUGACCUCAUAAGGCACCCUGAUGGCACGUUUACCCGAAAACCCAGCAGAUUCAAGAUUAGCCCAACCGCACCUGAUCUUAGUUACUCCACCCCGACUCUUUCUAAAGACGUUGUAAUUAACCAAACAAAAAAUACUUGGGCUAGAGUAUUCUUGCCUCGACAAGCAGUUGAUUCUUCCUCCGCAGAUGCACCAGUACUCCUUCCUCUCAUUGUAUACUAUCCUGGUGGAGGACUUGUUUCGUCGACUACUGCCUCAUCCAUCUCCCACGAUUUUUGCGCCGAUAUUGCUUUACAACUCUCAGUUGUUGUUGUCGCCGUCGAUUAUCGAGUUGAGCCGGAGAAUCGUCUGCCGGCAGCCUACGAUGAUGCUGUAGAAGCGUUGCACUAUAUCAGAACCGUCAAAGACGAUUGAUUGAAGAAGCACGCGGAUUUGACCAAGUGUUUCCUUGUUGGCAGUAGCGCAGGUGGGACCGUAGCCUACCACGCUUGUUUACGUGCAGCCACACAAGUGGAUGAUCUUAAGCCGUUGAGGAUUAACGGCUUGAUACUUCAUUACCCGUUCUUUGGUGGGGCUAAGAGGACUGAAUCAGAGUUGAGGGCAGUCAACGACCCUGUUUUGCCUCUUAGUGUGUGUGAUUUGGUGUGGGAAUUUUGUUUGCCGAUUGGAGCUGAUCGCGAUAAUCAAUAUUGCAAUCCUAUGGUUGGAGGCGUGCCAGAGUUAUUAGAAAAGGUGAAGCUUUUGGGUUGGAAGGUAAUGGCUAUUAGUGGUGAUAGAGACUUGGCUAUUGACCGUCUGAUUGCACUGACAAAACUGAUGGAUGAAAAGGGCAUAAAAGUGGAGAAUCAUAUUGGUGCGGGAGAUCAUCACGGUGCAGAUAUUGUAGAUCCAUCAAAGUCAGCCCGCCUGUUUUUAACCAUAAAGAAUUUCAUAUUCUCAACGGUUGCUGAAUAAGAGAAAAUACUGGACUGCAAGCAGGAUCACAAGCUGAUAUAUUCUAUGGACCUGCAGGCUGCAGCCCGAUGCAUCUUGUCAACUUGCGGAACGUUUUCCAUAUCGUUCAUGCAUAGAUCAUGAUUUGAUAAUUAAUUUCCAAACUCCCUUUUGUACUCUUGUAAUGAAAUGUUGAUGGAUGCUAAUUGAGGUACCGAUUUGCUUGUGGGCUGCUCUGAAGACACUAUCUUUCAGUUAGUUUUUAGGAAAAGGUUUUCUUUUUCUUACCUCUAUGGGUUGCAGCGGCUGGGUUUAUGUUUUUUGGGUCUUGGCUGUAGAAUUGUAAUCUCAUUGCUCUGUUGGUUUGUAGUUCUCCUUGUUCCAUUCUCAAUAAAAUUAUCUCGGAUUUAUAAAAAAAAAUAAAAA